CUUCUUACGACUAUUUUGGAUAGCGAUGGCACCUGAAGAACAUAAACCUAUUGGUUAGGCCAAUCAAAUUCAAAGAUCAGCACGCGGUUAAGCAAGUCCGAAUCUAGCGUUUGCCACUAUAAAAGGGCCACAGAGGCUUGCAACUGAUCUCGCUCAUCAGACAGCAAAAGAAUACUAGCAUUUGCAUAUAAGUUAACCCCCCACCACCGAUCCACAGAGAUGGCAGAGCGGUUUCUUAAGCAGGCGAAGGAGUACUCUGCCAGCCGGCCGAUAUAUCCUGAGGAGCUCUUCCAGUUUGUUGCCUCCAAGACACCUUGUCACGACCUUGUCUGGGAUGCUGGGACAGGAAGUGGCCAGGCAGCAACAUCUUUGGCCGGGAUAUACAAGAAUGUGGUAGCCACAGAUACAAGCCCAACGCAACUGGAACAUGCUGUGAAGCUUCCAAAUAUUAAAUACCAUUGCACCUCUCCGAAGAUGUCUAUAGCUGAGCUUAAGCAAAGUAUUGCAGCAGAAUCCAGUGUUGAUCUAGUGACCAUUGCUACGGCUAUUCAUUGGUUUGAUCUUCCAUCUUUCUACCAACAAGUCAAGUGCGUUCUGAAAAAGCCCAAUGGAGUAAUUGCAGCAUGGUCCUAUACUCUGCCACGGAUCAACAAAAAUCUCGACACCCUUUUAACUAAAUUGUAUUACGUUGAUGCUGCUCCAUUUGGGUGGCCACGGUUGAUAAUGGAGGACAAUUACAGGACCAUUGACUUCCCAUUUGAGCCAGUGGAUGGACUUGAAAACACAGGGCCACUUGAGCUUAAAAUGGAAAAAUUGAUCGAUUUGGAUGGCUAUCUUACUUUGAUAAAAUCAUGGUCUGCAUACCAAGCUGCAAAAGAAAAUGGGGUUGAGCUCUUGGGUGAAGAUUUGGUGAAAGAUUUUACCCUUGCUUGGAAUGAAGAUGGCAAACAAGAAAAGAUUGCUACUUGGCCUGUUCAUAUGAGGAUCGGGAAAGUUGGGAACCAGUAGUAUUGGAUGACUAACUGGAAAGAAAGCUCUGAAAGGUUCUUUCUAAUACAUGACACGUUCUUUUCUACUAAUUGGAUGCAGUACUAGUCUAUUAGCUUGCGUUUUGCAAUAACUCUGGAAAAGAGAUUUGUUUUUCCUGUUCUUUGUAAUGUUAUUGUGUUUCCCUUUGUAAUAAAUUUUGCCUUUGUUAUAGGCGGUUUACCUAUUCAUUUUCUUUUGUAAACCAGCAUAUAAUAUCUUGUUAGCCAAUCAAAAGAGACAAUAGAUUUUCGAAUGUUGUGAGUUUUAGAUCGAUUCAGUUGGUAGAGGAAUGAAUAGUUCAAGAAUUCAAAGCUUCGAAGUUCCAUCUGUGUAUCGUUAUAUGUAAGCCCUCGAAGUUCAGGAAAA